CAACCACGUUGACACCACACAACACGCGAUGAGCAUAACAGAUAUUGAGCAGCGCUGCAACGCACUACGAAAUGACCUCAAGGCCUGGGAGAAACAGUUUGCCUCGCAACAUAAUGGCAGCAGAGCUGGGCGCGAGGACAUCAAGGCCGACGUUGUAAUUUCACAGAAGUACAAAGAAUACAAUAAGUUAAGAGCGCAGCCGGCUACGAAAUCAGCCCCUCGGACGCCGUCGAAACGAACAGCGAGCCGUAAGCAGGCGGUUGACGUCGCCCAAACUCCCAAAGCACCACUCCUUACACCCCUAAAGCGCAAGAGGGAAGAAACCGUGCAUGCGGAGGAGGUGGGAGCAGUGUCUGAGUACCUUUCGCCACAGGGUCCCGCAUUCAUUGGACCUACCCCACAACGAGAUGGCAUAGUUUUGGGGCUCUUCGACAGUCUAUCCGCAGAAACACCAAGCAAGCGUCGAAUCAUUUUCGGCGAAAUCGAACCAAACCUCUUCCAGACGCCUACCAAGAAGGACACAGAAGAAGUCGCAAGCGAGACAUCAUCGGCAUCGAGGAUAAGAGGGGAUCGAACGCCGCUGUCCAUCACCAAGAGGAACCUCUUCAACCAGUUCGUUACACCAAAGAAGAGAAGCCUUGAUGAAGAGGGUACACCGACUUCUGCGUUGAAGGGCCUGGCUACACCAGCGUUUCUGAGAAGAGAUAAUGCGCUAGACAGGAUUGAGGAAGCGGAUGAGAUCACGCCGCGUGUGGCACCAGCGCCGUGGAAGAGGAGAGGUAUGGUAAGAAGCCUCAGCGCUAUGAUACAAAGCAUGCGGAAAGACGAGGACGACAGGUUGGAUGAAGAGGCGGAUAUCAUGCGUGAGUUGGAGAUGGAAGAAGAGGUGUUGCCAGCCCCAGGCAGACCAAGAGUAGCACACGUGCAAGUUGCGGAUAGCCAGGCAGAGAUGCCCCUGGGCCCCGACCGCGGGUCUGAGUCUGAGGAGGAAGUCGAAGAAGAAGCCGGACCUGAUGGCAAGCCGAGGAGAGUAUGGAAGAAGAAGGGUCUAAAGCGGCAGACGCGACGCACAAAUCUGCGGCCCAAUGGUGCGAAGCCGAAACCCAUCCCGGAAUUUCAACACGACGAAGACUCUGGCACUGAGCCAAACACGAUACCAGAAACAGGGGGGCAAGCAGAUUUGGAGUCUGCUGAGUGUGAUUCAGACUAUGCGAGCGAUGUCUCACACUCAGAGAGGAAGCGCAAAGUGCCUGCAAACAAAGUGGUCAAGCCGACUGAGAAGCAGGAAGGUGUGGUUGAAAAAGUGAAAAGGAAGAUCGCAGCUACUGCUCAUGCAAACUACCAACGAUUGAAGAUCAAGGGCAAGGGCGGGAAUGGCGGAAACCCAAAAGGAAGAUAUGGUAGGAGAUGAAUGAGGUUAUCUAUUCUAUGGACAGAUCAUCCUUAUCAGCCCCAUGAAGAAAGUUAUGAUGCUGCUCGUUGCCUGAUCGUCCUUCGAGUGAGACAGUGUGACCAUGCAGGUCAUCCGCACCAAUGGGGGGAGCAACGGACAUGGCCUUGAUCAUCAUAUCUAGAGCUUGUUGCUUGUAAUU